CGUUUAAUCUGUCCUGAGAAGAAGUGAGGAGCUAGGGAAAUGCAAGCUAACACGUGGGAGUAGUUAUUUACCGUGUUUAGCUCUCUCUUCAGGGUGGUGUAGUGCCUUUUACAAAGCUGUGCCUUGUCAACGCCGACACUGUACACUUCGCUUGGGUUGACAGUGAGCUUCUCUGCUGUCCGGUGAGCUUUAUUCAUCUGCUGUUAUUAUGGCGGAAAACAUAGAUGAUGACUCUGAUUACAGAAUCAAAGAGGGUGACUACGUUGUGUUGAAGCGAGGAGAUAUCUACAAAGCUGUGCAAAUUCAACCGAAGAAGAAGGUGAUCUUUGAGAAGCAGUGGUUCUUCUUGGAUAAAGCUGUGGGACACUUGUACAGAACCACGUUUGAAAUUGCAUCAGGCGCUCUUCAGCCACAAAAGUCAAAGGAGUCAGAGGGCUCUACUGAUGCAAAGGAGGUGGGCACAGACAACAGAAACAUUGUAGAUGAUGGAAAAUCCCAGAAACUGACCAGAGAUGACAUUGAGGCGCUAAAAGAGCAAGGUCUGAAGGGACAGGAAAUCAUCCAGCAGCUUAUAGAGAACAGCUCAACAUUCGGAGAUAAGACUAAAUAUGCCCAAGACAAGUACAUCAAGAAGAAAAAGAAGAAGUAUGAAAACACUGUGACCAUUCUAAAACCGUCCUGUCGCAUCCUGGCAAUGAUGUACCAUGGUCGGGAACCGGGGAAGAUCUGCCAUCUGCGGUAUGACACACUUGGCCAGAUGUUGACUCUGGGGAACAUCCACGCUGGUAGUAAAGUUUUGGUGUUUGAAACGUGUGCUGGUCUCGUGCUUGGCGCCGUCAUGGAAAGAAUGGGAGGCUAUGGCUCAGUGAUCCAAAUGUACCCAGGAGGGGAGCCUGUCCGUGCUGGUGUGGAGAGUUUUGGCUUCCCUACACAUUUUCAUGAUACGCUGCAUGAUUUUCCCAUCUGCCGUGUCAACGCUCUGCUGGCAGGCACUCUGGACACCUCUGCCAAGGAUCCCAGGGCUGCUGGAGAUUUAAAGCCGCCUGUCAUAGCUGCAGAAAAGGAGAAAAGCCAGCCUGAAGUAGAGCAGCAGAGCAAUCCAGAAGAACAGAGCAUGGAGACGAACAGUGCCACUGAUGGAGUCCGUGACCAGGAGACAGAAGAAAGAGAGAAACGCAGAGAAGCCAGAGCUCAGGAAAAAAAGGUAAAGCUGGAGGAGAAACGGAAGAAGCUGGCUGCUGCUGCUGCUCUGUUGGAAGACAAGAACGCAGACGGGUUGGUUAUAGCGAGCCGCUUUCAUCCGUGUCCAGUCCUAAUGGGGCUGCUCAGAUUCCUCGCCCCAUCCAGACCCUUUGUAGUCUACUCCCAAUACAAAGAGCCUCUGAUUGAGUGCUUCACAAAACUCAAAGAACAAGGCGGUGCGGUCGACAUCAGGCUCACAGACACUUGGGUCAGACAUUAUCAGGUGUUGCCUAACAGGACACAUCCUCUGCUGCUGAUGAGCGGGGGUGGGGGCUACCUCCUCUCAGGAACAACAGUUGCCGUGGACCGCUCCAAACCUGCAGGCUCCCGGCGAGCUGAGGAACCGGCGCCAAAGAGACAGAAACUUACGGACAGUGAAGGAUAAACAAAACACAAGCAAAGAAUCCUCAGAAGGCACAUUACCGACGACCUACAGGGAAUUUCCUCCAGCAUCGACUCCUCUGAUUUGACAGAUCUGACCUGACACAUCUGGAAUAAACCAGGCAUAGUGUCUGUUUUGCAUUCAUCAGCACACUUUCCCCCGGCUCGUGUAUCCAGAUCAGUGCAGUCUUAAAGUAAUGCUGAGGAGUUAACUGUAAGUCAGUGCAGGCCGUAUGAGCACAGUGUGUGUUGUGUAAUGACAAGCAGAAAUAACGUUAUGUGUUGACAGUAUGUGGCAGGUUUGUGUUUUAUGCCUUAACAAUACGUGUAAGAGCUUUCUUUUCUUGGUUAAAUGCUCCCCAGCUGCUAGGUUAUGACUUUUUUUACUUUGUUAUCCCUGCAGUCAGUGCCAUUUGUUGUAUUAGCUUCACUGUGGGCUACAUCUGUAUCUGCUCAGGAUUAAAAAAGCAGAAGAAGAAGAAA